GGUCCAGACUGUUGUGCUGGCAAGUGCUGGCAGCGAAGCGGGUGUAAAGGUCGGCAGUGCAAGAGUUGUGCAGCAGGGCUGGGCAGACUUCUGCCUCGCCUUUAAAUCCCUGCCUGGAGAAGCUCCAAGUGAAGCCCGGACGAGCCCCGAGCAGCAAAGGCACAGUGAAGGACACCAUGGUGCGGCGAGUGGCCGUCAUCGGGGCUGGGGUCAGCGGGCUGGUCUCCAUCAAGUGCUGCCUGGACGAGGGGCUGGAGCCCACCUGCUUCGAGAGGAGUGAGGACAUCGGGGGGCUCUGGCGCUUCACUGACACCGCCGAUGGCGGGAGGGUCAGCGUGUACCGGUCGGUCAUCACCAACACCUCCAAGGAGAUGUCCUGCUUCAGCGACUUCCCCUGCCCUGAGGAUUUCCCCAAUUUCCUCCCCCAUGGCCUCCUCCUGGAGUAUUUCCGAAUGUACACCCGGCACUUCCAGCUCCUGCAGCACAUCCGCUUCAAGACAACAGUUCUCAGCGUGAGGAAGCGCCCGGAUUUUGCCACUUCAGGCCAGUGGGAGGUUGUCACCGAGACGGAGGGCGUCCAGGAGUCGCACGUCUUUGAUGCUGUCAUGGUCUGCACGGGCCACUACCAGGUGCCCCUCCUGCCCUUGGCUUCUUUCCCAGGCAUCGAGACCCACUUCAAAGGCCGGUACCUCCACAGCCAGGAAUACAAAGAUGCGGAGGCUUUCCGGGGAAAGCGGGUCCUUGUGGUCGGCAUUGGGAACACUGGUGGUGAUAUUGCUGUGGAGCUGAGCCACGUGGCUGCGAAGGUGUUUCUCAGUGCCAGGAGCAGCACGUGGGUGUACAGCCGGGUGUCAGACCACGGCUUCCCCUUCGACAUGGUCAGCACCACGCGCUUUAACCACUUUCUUGAGUGGCUUCUCCCAUCAGCCAUCACGAAAAGGAUCAAGUUUCGGAGGUUCAAUUCAUGGUUUAACCACGAGAUCUAUGGCUUGGCUUCUGUUAAAAGUUCCAAUUUUCAUGUAAUUAUCAAUGAAGAGUUGCCAUUUUGCAUGCUCUCUGGGACUGUCAUGCUGAAGCCAAAUGUGAAGGAGUUCACGAAAACUUCAGCUGUUUUUGAAGACGGAACAACUGAAGAGAAUAUUGACGUGGUGCUCUUUGCCACAGGCUACAUCUUCUCGUUUCCCUUCCUCGAAGAGUCAGUUCGCAGCCCCCUCAAAAAUAACCGUUCCCUCUAUAAAUGCAUCUUCCCGCCCCAGCUGGAAAGGCCGACUCUGGCCAUCAUCGGCUUGGUCCAGCUGACCGGCUCUGUGAUGGCAGGAGCAGAAAUCCAGGCUCGCUGGGUGACAGGCAUCUUUGCAGGUGCAUACAAGCUCCCUCCUGCCAGCAGGAUGAUGGCUGAUGUUUUGAAAAAGCAGCCGCCGGUCAAAAGGAAUCCAUCCGAGCCCGAGCACUUGAAGAUUAGUUUCAUUAACUACACCUCCGACAUCGCUUCGUGCGCUGGCGUGAAGCCCAGCAUGCUGCGGCUGCUCCUGACUGACCCUCGGCUGGCCAUGGCCGUCUUCUUCGGCCCCUGCACGCCCUACCAGUACCGCCUGGUGGGACGGGGACGGUGGAGCGGGGCCAGGGCCGCCAUCCUGACGCAGUGGCAGCGGGUCUUGAAGCCCUUGAGAACUCGGGUGGUGGAGGACGGAGCCUCCCCCUGCUCCUGGCGCUGGCUGGGCCUCCUCGCCCUGCCCGCCAUGCUGGUGGCAGGGUUCCUCCUCUCCAAAUCUCCCCGUCCUGGGUGGGUUCCCAGGGGGCUUCGCCUUUUCUAGAACGGACUGAUGGAGUCACGGGGGGUGGUGCAGGGUGGACCGCGUACUUCUGCCACCAGCCCUGGGCCUCAAGAGGGCUGCGGGGAGAGGCUGAAGGGCUGGUGGGCACGGGGCCAGUGCUUCUUCUGGGGUGACGGGUGGCUUGUGGGGUGGGCAAGGUUGUUUUGCUGGGAAUUUAUGAGAGGCAGGAGGCAGAAAUAAACCUCGGUGAGCUUUUAA